CUGGCUGAGAAGCGCGCGCAGGAUGCUGCGGCGGAAGCCGACGCGCCUUGAGCUGAAGCUGGACGAUAUCGAGGAAUUCGAGGGCGCCAGGAAGGAGCUGGAGAGUCGUAAGAAGCAGCGUGAAGAGGUGGAUGUAGUGGGAGCCAGCGAUGGCGAGGGAGCUCUGGGACUGAGUAACGAUCACAAGAGCCGGGAACAGAUGAUACACGACCGCAUUGGCUACAAACCACAACCCAAACCAAACAAUCGUUCAGCUCAGUUUGGAAAUUUUGAAUUCUAGAACAUGGAACCUUUGAGCAAAGAAGGAAUCCAUCCACGGUUAUGGAACGCUGGUUUGGUCUGUC